AGAAUUGAGUCUGGUUUGAGUUCUUGACGCGUCAACACGCUCUUUCAAAACGCUCAACGCACGCGCAACAUUUUCGCAAAACGUUUUUGAAAAACGAAAUAAAAAAUCAAAGCGCGAAGUUUCCUUUAUUGCUCUACACACAAAGUGAACAAUAAAAAGAGACGCAACAACGUAAUCAGCAAAAAGCCAUCGAAGCUGGCGAAAUGGGCCGUGUAUUAAACAUAACUAAUCCCAAAGAGCAGCAGCUCCAGCAAUCGCAACAGCAACAGCAGCAGCUGGAGCAACCACAGCAAUCGGAGAAGCAAGCAGCAGCAGCUGGCGAUGUGGAAGAAGGUGCCACAAAGCGCAGACAUGCAACCUCUGUGCUUGAGGCAUCCGUGCAUCUGUUCAAGGGCAGCGUUGGAGCCGGACUCUUUGCCAUGGGCGAUUGUUUCAAAAAUGGCGGACUCCUUGGCUCCACGCUCCUUUUGCCCGUCAUCGCCGUCAUGUGUGUCCACUGUGAGCGUCUGCUCAUUAAGGGUUCCCUUGUCGCUGUCUCAAAGACGCCCGGCGCCACCUUCUACGAUUAUCCGGAUACGGUCGAGAAGUGCUUUGAGUACGGACCGCGGCCUUUGCGCUGCAUGUCGCGUGCCAUGAAACUCAUCGUCGAGAUGUUUCUCUGUGUCACCCAGUUCGGUUUCUGUGCCAUCUACUUUGUGUUCAUCACCGAGAAUCUUUACCAGGUCCUGCAACAAAAUGGCGUCGACAUUAGCAUGUCCAUGGUGAUGUUGAUAACACUGCUGCCCGCCAUGAUCCCAUCGCUAAUGACCAAUCUUAAGUACAUCUCGCCCGUCUCGAUGGUGGCGAACUUUGCGCUGCUCUUUGGCCUGAUUGCCACUUUGACCAUCGCCUUCUCCGAGGGUCCGAUGCCAUCGAUAACCGAACGCAAUCUCUUCACCGGCGGCACCCAAUUGUCGCUCUUCUUCGGCACCGCUCUCUUCUCAUACGAAGGCAUCGCUUUGGUGUUGCCUCUGCGCAAUUCGAUGCGAGAUCCAGAGAAGUUCACGAACCGUUUUGGUGUCCUCAAUGUGACCAUGGUGUUGAUCACCGCUCUCUUCAUUUUCACCGGAUUCGUUAGCUAUAUGCGUUGGGGCGAUGACGUUGCUGGCAGCAUCACGCUCAAUCUGGAGGUUGAGGAAGUCAUGUCACAGGUGGUGAAAAUCGUGGCCGCUUUGGGCGUCUUCUUUGGCUAUCCCAUUCAGUUCUUUGUGAUGAUGAAGAUCCUGUGGCCGCCAUUCAAGCGCAGCUACAACUGCGCCCAAAAGAAUCCCAUCACCAUCCAGGUGAUCUUGCGGUUCUUCAUGGUCAUGCUGACCUUUGGUGUUGCUUUGGUGGUCCCUGAGCUGAGCUUAUUCAUCUCACUGAUUGGCGCCUUGUGCUCCACAUCGCUGGCAUUUGUGAUACCAGUGCUGAUCGAUUUCGUUAUACGCGCCCAGGAGCCAAAGGGUCUGGGCACCCUUGUCUAUUUGAAGAAUAUCGCCAUAUUGAUCAUUGCCCUGCUGGGUAUUGUGACAGGCACGUAUCAGAGCAUUGUUGAGAUUAUCAAUAAGUUUGUGUGAUUGAAGGAAACCAUCAAUCAUCGUUCGUUCCUCUGCUUGCCAAAUAUUGUAUAUUGUAAAUAUGAUAUAAUCAUGUGAAUAUCUUGUAACGUUAUACAUAUAUGGUCCUCGUAUUUUAAGAUUAAUUUUUUUGUCCUUCGAUAUAUCUAUAUAUAAAUAUUAUUUUUUUUUUUGUUUGUUAUUAAUUUUAAGUUGUAUCUGCUGCCGUGCUAUUCUAUAUUUUUUUGUAUGUGGCAUUAGUGUUUAAUUAUCAACUGUUAAAUUGGCUUUCAAGCAAAACACACGAAACUACAACCGAUAUAUAAAAACAACAAAAAUCUAUUAUUUUAAUAAAUGAUUACAAAUCGUCAAA